ACGCUAUACGCAUCGCCACUGGACUGAAUCGUAGACACAAAGACUGUGCGCAUCAUGGAGCCACUGAGCAGCAGGAAGAGAGUUGGCUUCGAGGAGUAUCCCGCCAGCAAACUGGCGAGGACUUCUAUGCAUGCCUACUAUGGUAUAGAAAAUUCUGCAAAUUUGUGGACUGACAAAUUUUCUCCGAGAGUACUCGCAGACUUGGUCGGAAAUAGUAGCGCCAUCGCUACUCUCCGAACUUGGCUCUCAAACUGGCCAGGGAAUCAAGCCACAGGAAAAGCUUCAAAAGUGUCGACCCGAAAAGCAAUACUCAUAAGUGGAGCGCCUGGAAUUGGCAAGACCACGAGUGCCAUCCUUAUUUGCCGAGAACUUGGAUUUCAAACGAUGAACGUAAACGCAAGCGAUUCAAGAGGUAAGACUGGAGCAGUAAGUGAUGGGAUAGCGGGAACAUUGGCGAGUACUGUUCGAGAGUUUGUAACUAAUCGUAACAUCGGUAUUGAUGGUUUGCGAUCAACAAAGACUGCACUGAUCAUGGAUGAAGUAGAUGGUAUGGCUGGUGGCGAUCGGGGUGGUAUCUCGGAGUUGAUAGAAGUCAUCAAACACACGCGCAUUCCCAUCAUAUGCAUCUGCAACGACCGAUAUUCACAAAAACUAAAGACUCUUGCAAACUAUUGUGUCGAUUUACCUUUCCAACGGCCAAAUAAGCUCCAGCUCCGAAAGUACUUGAAUCAAAUUGUAGCCUCACAACGCUUGGAUGUUGAUAGCGACGCAGUUGAUGCUCUCAUAGAAGCAAACAACAAUGACCUUCGAUCCAGUAUCAACCAGCUACAACUAUGGGGCAUGAGCUCGAAGCAUCACGGAAGGAAUGAAAUUUCGAAAAAAGAUGUCGCCACAAGUGUUUUUCAAGCAAUAGAUGUUCUUUUUCGUCCAAGCCCAUUAAAAACACUCGAUGAGAGGCUUAAUCUGGUUUUCCAGCACUCAGACAUGAUCCCUCUGUUCGUUCAAGAAAACUAUGCGUGUAUGCGCCCGCGAGACAGUACAAACGAGUUGCAAAGAAUUGUGCACGUUGCUGCGGCAUCGUCACGUGUAGCAGAAGGAGAUGUGUUUGCGACGACAAUAAACAAGACACAAAACUGGACCAUGAUGCCUCCUGCGAACAUAGUUUCAUGUGUCCUGCCAACCUCUGCCGUCAGAGGCUCAAGAGAAACAUUUGGUCAGGCUGAACGCCACACUCAUCGAUUCCCAAGUCUCUUGGGGAAGUUGUCGUCAAAGUCAAAAUCGCAGCGGCUGUUAUCAGAGUUGUAUCAACAUUUUCGAUCAAGUGGUAGGAGCUGCAGCACUCAACUUGAGUUUUGCCUCUGGUACGCUUCUUUGACAAAACGGUUGCUCACUCGUCCGCUUUUUAGUCAAGCUCGAGGGGGUAAAGAACUAGAUGGUAUACCAGACGUCCUGAAUUUGAUGCAAACCUACAACUUUACGCGCGGCGACUGGGCGAAUAUUCAAGAGAUAACGGGGCUCUCUGGCAAGGGGCCUACCUUUGAGAAUCCGAAUACGCAAAUACCUACGAACGUGAAAUCGACUUUUACACGAAGCUGCAAGCGUGAACUUCAAUUUAGUGAUUAG